CAGCCACAAUGUGGACUGCGCAUACUGGCUGCUUGGAUAUCAGCAAAGGUCUUCAGGCGAAUUACAGGAUUUAUUUGUAAAAUAUUGCAUUUAAUUCCGGAGAUUCAGAAUUUCAGAAUAUAUUCUUACUGUGCAAGUAAAAAUUGGAGGGUCCCCAUCCUGACGGCCGGUGAUGGCACCCGCACCGCCCAAGGUCCUUCAGGGGGACUCCGUUCGCAUCCGCAUCUGCAGUUUGGAGCUGGGGACGACUCGGUGGAAAGAGGGCAGCUUCGAGAUUCACGAGAGUGACGGCAAGGCCAACCUGUGGGUGAAGUUCAACUGCGGGGGCGCUCCCAAAAUAUUUCAGCUGAAGCAGAAUGUGAAGAAUGUGGUGCUGGGCCCAAUGCAGAGUCUCAUCCGACUGGCGGUCACCCUGAAGGACUCGAGUGUUACUUUCGACAGGGUGCCAGUCACGCUUGCCCAGAAAAUGAAGGAGUACCUGGAAAGAAUAAAGGAGGGGAAACAUACAGUUCUGAAGACAACCCAGAGAAGUGCAAGUUUUGGAGGUAUCCUGGGGAAACGUUUGCUGAACGAGUCCAGCCCACGCACAGGCUCUGUGGAGAGACGGGUAAAGGCCAGAGCACACAGGGAGUCUCCACGAAAGCAACUGGGGAGUCCUGGCAGGAUGACCUCCACUCCUGAGCGCCGUGGGCUCUCUGAGAACAGAAGUGAGAAGCGGAAGAGGCUGGUGGUCUCAGAUGGUGAUGUGUAUGAGGACUACCCCAAGGAGAAUGACUCCUCCAGCAAUAACAACGGCAGCUUGGACUCAUCCCAGAGGUUCCUGCUGAGCUGCAAGGAGAAGCUGAAACAGUCAGAAGACAGCAGGAGCUCAGGUCCUGUUCCGCUGCAGACAUCGUCCUUCUACAGUGGCCAUUUGGCAACUAAAGAUUACUCUCAGGGGCGCUCAUUCCUGGACAGGCCAACGAGCACAAUUCAGUCUCCCUCCUCUAGAAGGAGCCUGUCGUUCCCGAGUCACUCCACGCCCUUUAAGAGGCUUCGCCCCAGUACGGACUACAGUGGGUGGAACAGGCCCAGGUCCUCUGCUCUGGCACCGCUUCAGGCUCCUCUGCAGGGAUUCUCCAACCUGGGGAAUACCUGUUACAUGAAUGCUAUUCUGCAGUCUCUGUUCAGCCUGCAGUCCUUCUCCAAUGACCUGCUAAAGCAGGGUGUUCCGUGUAGGAAGAUCCCUGCUAACGCUCUUCUCAGGCGCUUCAUCCUCCUGCUGCUGAAGAAGGACACGUCCACCCCAGAGAUGAAGAGGGACCUGCUGAGGAGGGUGAAGAGCGCCAUCUCCUCCACAGCUGAGCGCUUCUCCGGGUACAUGCAGAACGAUGCCCAUGAGUUCCUCAGUCAGUGCCUGGAUCAGCUGAAGGACGACGUGGAGAAAAUGAACAAAAGCUUGAAGCAGGACGCCUGGGAAGGGUCUCGGGGGGUGCGGCCGGGGGAGCAGCCGGACGCUUCCCGAAUUUACACCUGUCCCGUGGUGGCCAAUAUGGAUUUUGAAGUGCAGCACACCAUCACGUGUAAAGGGUGUGGAGGGGUGGUGACCAAGCGGGAGCAGUUUAAUGACCUGUCCAUUGAUCUGCCCAGGAGCGCAAAGACCCUUCCGCUGCGCUCCCUACAGGACUCCCUGGACCUGUUCUUCAGGAUGGAAGAGAUUGAAUAUUCCUGUGAGAAGUGCGAUGGGAAGUCAGCAACGGUGACACACAAAUUCAGUAAACUCCCCAGGGUGUUGAUCCUCCACCUGAAACGGUACAGUUACAACGCUCAGCUAUGCCUCAACAGCAAGCUGGGGCAACAGGUGUUCAUACCCAAAUAUCUCUCCCUGUCGGCCCACUGCACAGACUCCACCCGGCCCCCGCUCUGUCUCGGCUGGACUGCGCAAACAUCUGUGAAAGGCUCUCUGAAACCUGAUGCCUGCAUUUCUCUCGACUCAGACAGUGAAGAGGAGGUCACCAGAAAGACGGCCAGUGGCAGACGCAGGCUGGGUCUCGGGGAUGAGAGGGUGGAGAAGGUGUCGGGUGACGGCAGGACGGAGCCUCUGGACAGCAGUGGGAUCAGUGAUGACGAGUUGCUGGCGGCCGUCCUGGAGAUGAGCCGUCGGGACGAGGUCUCCCGGUCCCAGAAUGAGCCCAGCAGCCCCGACACCGGGUUCGGAGACGCCGACGUGCCGGACCUCCUGCACAACAAUGAAACCCCUGCAGACAUGCUGGGUGAGAACAAGGAGAACGAGACCCCGUGGGGGGCUGAGGGAGAGACGGACUGGCCGCAGCUGGAGAAGGAGAAGGAGGAGGAGGAGCGGGAGCUGCAGAUGGCUCUGGCCCAGAGUCUGCAGGAGCAUGAAGCUCGUGAAAUGGAGGAGGAUGAUGACCUGAAAAAGGCCACAGAGCUCAGCUUACAAGAGUUCAGCCGCUCCGUAGUGGAGUUUGUGUGUCCAGCUGAUGACUCUGGGAAUGAAGAAGCGUUUGCCAUGGACUACAGCGAGGCAGAAGCCGAGGAGCUGAAGAGAAAUGCCGAGACUGGAGAAAUGGCCAACUCUUUCAGACUCGUCAGCGUGGUCAGUCACAUCGGCAGCAGCUCGUCCUCAGGUCAUUAUGUCAGCGACGUGUACGACAUGAAGAAGCAGUCCUGGCUGACCUAUAACGAUCUGAACGUGACGCGUACGCAGGAGUCUGCCGUGCAGAGAGACAGAGACCAGAGCGGGUACAUAUACUUCUACAUGCAAAGGGAAUUGUUUGAGGAGCUGGAGAGGAGAGGGGGGAGUAGCGAUACUGGAAGGGCGGUUCUACAGCCCCUCUGAAGAAGACAGGCAAACCCGCUCAUAGGAGAAUCAGGUGGUCGAAACUCCCCAGCCAAUGUUUGGAGUCGAGGCAAAAACAUUUCCAGUACUGCUGAUCAUUCCUUCCACACAAAAUUCCUCCCAACAUGUGCUUUGUAUUUAACUGUUUUUUUUUUUUUUUCAAACUCUUAGCCAAAUGCCUUUCAGGGUUUUUUUUAACUUCCAUUCCUUAUUUGAUCAUUAAAGGAAUACACCAACAUUAUAGAUACUUUAAAUGCAUUAAUGCAAGUUACAGUGACAAAGCGCACCCUUACAUAAAACUUUAAGUCAUCAUAGAUUCUCUCAAUUGCCCAGAUCUUCUUAAAAUAUUAUAAUAUACAUCAGCAGUGACUGGGAGGACCAAGUGCUGUUGAGUCUUGUUUGAUGAUAUGCUGCCUAAAAAUGGUGCAAUAUUUUAGUGGUGCUAACUUUCCAGUGAGUUUUACAUUUUAUGUUUGUACAACUGAGAUUGAGUUGGUUAAGUCUCUCACAGGCUUUAUGAUUUGUUUGUUCAUGUAAAUAAAUAUUUUAUUUGUUUUA